AUGUCACAGUUUCAAGCUCCAGAAAUUAAUAACUUUGUAGUAUGGGACUAUGUUGUUUUUGCUGCGUUACUUGUGGUUUCUGCUGGGAUAGGAGUCUUCUUUGCAAUUAAAGAGAGGAAAAAAAAAACUUCCAAAGAAUUUUUGGUUGGCGGACGGCAGAUGACGUGUGGACCUGUGGCUCUGUCUUUGACUGCUAGUUUCAUGUCAGCCGUGACAGUUUUGGGAACCCCUUCAGAAGUUGUUCGUUUCGGCGCAUUCUAUCUGUUUUUUAUCAUUUCCUAUACGGUGGUCAUCACUGUAUCUGCUGAGCUCUUUAUUCCAGUGUUUUAUAGGUCUGGGAUUACUAGUACAUAUGAGUAUUUACAGCUACGAUUUAGCAGAUCUGUCCGCUAUGUAGCAACACUGAUGUACAUAAUUCAAACGAUUCUGUAUACCGGAGUGGUGGUUUAUGCUCCUGCAUUAGCUCUAAACCAAGUGACAGGAUUCAAUCUUUGGGGAUCUGUAUUUGCUACGGGAAUAGUUUGCACCUUCUAUUGUACACUGGGAGGUUUGAAAGCCGUUGUGUGGACUGAUGCAUUUCAGAUGAUUGUUAUGGUGGUUGGAUUUUUAUCUGUUCUAAUUGAAGGAACAAUUCAAGCUGGAGGACCUACCGAAGUCUGGACGUCUCACAAAAUGGAUCACAGCCUUGAUAUUGCAGAUUUUGACACUGAUCCUUUGAGGAGACAUACAUUUUGGACCAUUGCUGUUGGUGGAACAUUUACAUGGUUGGGAAUCUAUGGAGUUAACCAGUCAACAGUGCAGAGAUGUAUAUCUUGCAAAUCAGAGAAACAUGCAAAACUAGCCCUUUAUCUCAAUUUGGUUGGACUCUGGAUUAUUUUAGUAUGUGCUGUAUUUUCUGGCUUAGUUAUGUACGCACACUACAGAGGCUGUGAUCCUUGGACUGCUGGCUUUAUAACAGCUCCUGAUCAGAUGAUGCCAUAUUUUGUUAUGCACAUUUUUAGGAAAAUGCCUGGUCUCCCCGGACUAUUUGUUGCCUGUGCUUUCAGUGGGACGUUGAGCACAGUGGCUGCCAGUAUAAAUGCACUUGCUACAGUAACAUUUGAAGAUUUUGUGAAAAGCUUUUUUAAGAAUCUUUCUGAUAAGAAAAGUACCUGGAUCAGCAAAGGACUGUGCAUUGUGUUUGGUGUGCUCUGUACAGCAAUGGCUGUAGCUGCGUCAUUGAUGGGUGGUGUUGUACAGGCUGCUCUUAGUAUCCAUGGGAUGUGUGGGGGUCCCAUGCUGGGCUUAUUUACUUUGGGCAUUUUGUUUCCAUGGACAAACUGGAAGGGGGCACUUGGAGGUCUCCUUACUGGAUACACGUUGUCCUUUUGGGUUGGAAUAGGAGCAUUUAUUUAUCCAGCUCCAGUAAAGAAGACUCUUCCUUUACUUUUGAGGACAGAUGAGUGCUUAUUAGCAAACUCCACAAUGAAUCCAUUAUCAACAAUACUUCCCACAGUGUUAUCAACCACAGCUGCCCCAGAGCGAUCAGUGCUGGUCGAUAACUGGUACGGCAUAUCAUACCUAUAUUACAGCGCAGUGGGGUGCAUUGGAUGUAUCAUAGCUGGGCUCCUGAUAAGUUUUGUAACAGGACGUGAACAUGGAAGAAAUAUUGAUCCACUUUUGGUCAGACCCAUCUGCAAUCUAUUCUGCUUUUGGUCAGACAAGUAUAAAAAGUUGUGCUGGUGUGGUGUUCAGCAUGACCGUGUUGACGAUGAAGACUUUGAUCAUAAAGAAGAUCUCCAAAAAGAUGUUGCAAUUAUACCUGUGAUAGAGAAACAAAUUGAAAAUGGAUUUGAAAAGGACCAGUCACUGAAACCUAUACCUGGAUAUAAUUCUAAUGAAAAAUCUUACACAAACAAAAAUGAUGAUAAAGAAACUCAUAUGUAAAUAGUAAAAACAUCAUAUAUGAAGCACACAUCAAAUUAACUCUGAUAGUUCCAGAAAAUUAUAUUCCCCAUGUUUCCUUGUGGUUCUCAAUUUCUUUGUCCUAUCUUCCUAUUUUUGAGUUAUUUCAUGGAACUGUAUAGUAUUUAUUGAUUUUUUUUUAUCAGAGUUGUCACUUUCAUCCUAUAAAUGAUAAAAUGUAAAAAUUACAGCAAAAAAAAAAAAUAUAAAUGGGAAAGUCAUUGGGGUCAAAUGGGGGAAAAUGUCCCUUGCUUUUAAAUAUAAAUAAAUAUAUCUGGAGCUCUGAUUCCUGGGGGUAAACAGUAAGAAAAGCCCAUUACUCAGCCCCAUUACACCUAAAGGUGCUUAAAGGGACACUCAAGUGAAAAUUAAACUCAUUAUACAGAUAGAGCGUGCAAUUUUAAACAACUUUCCAAUUUAAUUCCAUUAACAAAAUGUGUAUAGUCUUUUUAUAUUUACACUUUUGGAGUCACCAGCUACUACUGAGCAUGUGCAAGAAUUCACAGAAUAUACGUAUAUGCAUGUGUGAUUGGCUGAUGGCUGUCACAUGAUGCAGUGGGAGUGGAAAUAGACAUAACACAUUUUUCAAACAAAAUCUACUACGCAUUUGAAGUUCAGACUAAGGGGCCGAAUUAUCAAGCUUGAUGCCACUGUUCCAUAACUUGUCCGCCUGCUCUGAUUGACCCCCAUACGCUGUCGGCAUUUAUCGAUGUGCGGCGGACAUGAUACACUACAUUGUAUCAUGUCCGUCCGCACUUUAAUAAAUCGGCCCCUAAGUGCUAUUGCAUUGUCUCGUUAUUUGUUGAUUAUGCAAAUCUACUGUAUUUGCUGGUCAUUUAAGAUCUUUCUUUCAAGAAAAUUAAUUUCUCAUAUGAGAUGAUCGAAUACUACCAUAUCAGACAACUGGAUUUAUACAAUAAAUAAGGUAGGCCUCUAAAACUAUGUCUUUUUAUUAUCAAAAAUAAAUCCAUGUCUCUAUAUAUGACCCAUCAUUGGAAAGAGGAUGUUAUCCUCUUUGAAAUUAAGGGGUCACAUGAACCUCUAGAUGUAAAAGAGUAGAUGUAAACCAUUAUAUACUGAUUAAAAAGAUAAAAGAUACUACGUUUUCCAAAAGUUGAUGACAAUUUGUCAAUAUUUAAUAAAGCUAAUUUCAAGUUCAUUAAAACAAAUAGAAUGAGCACAGAAACAUUAAAAAAAAAAAAAAACUUCUAAUUAAAAGUCUCUUCUUUUUCAUAACCAUCUAGAUACCAUACGGUCACUAGAGUAAAAUGGCAAUUAUUAUAGAACAUACAUACGGCUAGAUUACAAGUCGGACGCUGAUGCAGCGCAUGUGCGCCGUGUGAUAUGUUUUUUCUUUAGGCUCCCUCGAGAGUCUUCAGCCUCACCAGUCCUUAUGUU